CGAGUGGUGUUUGUUGAUAUUUCUUUUUUUUUACUUUUUCUUAACAAAACUGAAGAAUUUCAAUUAAAUUUUAAAAGCUAUUAAAGUGAUAAUUUUUCUAGUAAAUAAAUAAAAUUAACUUUUAAAAUCAAUUACAUUGAAAGAAGAAUACAACUAAAGAAAUUUUGAAGAAAAUCAACUAUUAAACGAGUUUUGAAUUUUUUAUAGAACUGUUAUCUUUUAGUUUAAUUGUUCUCAAUAUAACGAGCAGACAUCGAAAUAGAUCAACAUGAAGUUUUUAAAAGUUCUAGCAUUCCUAAAUUUAAUAGUCGUGUGUAUGUCUGCAGAAACUUAUUCCAAUUCAACACAAGUUUUAAGUCGUCGAAAACGAUAUGUUGCUUUUCCAGAUGGUUCAUCCGUUUCGGCAGCCAUCUGUUUAACAAUCGGAGUGGUGGGAAAUCCUCAUGUAGAUUAUUUAAGUUGGGCUGUAAAUUGGGGUGUGGCUUACAAUUUGCCAAACUAUGCAUGGGCCCGUAAACAUGCUCAGGGAUUUUCUAAUAUAACUAAAGCCAUAAUACAAAGACGUUCUAGAAGGGAACUCUAUGAGAAACUUGAGUUAAUGAUUGACAACAUGGGAUUCAGUGGUAAUACCUGCAUAGCACGAGCUCUUUGUGAAAGUGCUCAAAUUUUGCAGUAUUUAAGACAGCGAAGAGGCAACAUGGUUGAAGAAAUAGUCAAAACUAUUUUUAGUUUACCCACAGCACCAGUGGAGUAUCAUGAACCUGAGAAACAUCAUUUAUAUGAUCGUUUAUAUCGACGAGCGAAACGUUCAGAAAUUAAUUGUGCCGUGGAAUAUUCAUCAUGUCGCUUCUCAUUGCUAGAAAUGGCAUUAGGCAAAUAUUCAGUUGGAUCUACGAAACUAAGUCCGGGUUUUGUUUUUAUGUAAAAUGGAUUUCUCACGUCAUUGUAAUAAUAAAUAACAGUUUUA